ACGUGUAAAAGUUGUAAAUAUGUUUACCCCGUACACGCGGCUCCCAGAUGAAGUGUGGGCUCUGGUGUUCGGGUUCUUAUCUCCCGUGGACCGGCUCAGAGCGCGCGCUACGUGCACGCUGUGGCGGAGGCUCGUGGACAGCAGCGGGCUGUGGCGGGACUGGACUGUGAAGCUGAGACCGGUCAAAGGCGCGUACAGAGCGCAUUUUUGGAGCACGCUGCGCCGCUGGAGAGUGACCUCCGCUCUGCUGACCGCCCUCAGGACCUGGGCGCACGUGGCCACGGAGCUGCCGCAGCUCAUCUCGCUGAUCAUAGCAGGUUAUUGCCAGGAGCGCGCGGACAGUUUACGGUGCUUCACGCGCCUGGAGCGUGUGUAUCUGCGGCAGUGCUCCCUGUGUGUGUCUCUGCACGGACUCCUCGCGCUCCUUCCACUGCAGCUCACGCACAUGCGCCUGUGUGAGUGCUCCUGUAAAAGCGCGUUCUUUGAUGAACCCGGUUUUCUUGCACUGUCAAAGUUCACGCGCCUUCAGUCUUUCACUUUCCACGGUAGGUGCACCAUUCCUCCGCAAUGUGUUUUGUACCGGAUCCUCUACCACUUGCCGCACCUGCAGCACCUGUCACUGUCCAUGCACCUGCCACCGUACAUGCACCUAGAGGACGCCACACUACGGAACAUUCCCCCACUGGAGCAGCGCGCACUCCGCAGUCUUGAGCUGGUGGACUGCUCAGUGUGGAGUUUAUCCACGGACAUGCUGAAGAUGGUUCCGUGUCUUCAGAGCCUGGCCCUGUUCUUCAGGAGUGAAGAGCCCGGGGGAUACUCCCUGCUCGCGGCAUGGCUCCGGGAGUUGCCCCUGCUGUCCUCUCUGCUGCUGGCCCACGGUCCACCCGUGGGGGCUAUUGCCGGGUCGAUCCCCUCCUCCGUGACCCGCCUCACGCUGCUCCCCUCGCGGAUCACCUCUGAGGAGAUGACCUCUCUUUCCACACAGCUCCCGAACCUGCGUCACCUCCACUUGGACCCACGCGCGCCUCUGGACUCGGACAAGGUGGCGCUGAUCCCGAGGCUCUUCCCCGGUCUCCGCAGCCUGCACCUCCGUCACGAGGGGCUCCGGGAGGAGGCCCUCAAGAACCUCGCGACGCUGGAGGAGCUGCGACUGUUGGAGACGCAGGACGCGGUACAUGCGCCUAACGCCCUCGUCUUCAAACUCCAAGAACUAACCAAGAAGCGAGUCCGGAUCUGCCAGAAACCCGAAACGGACCGACUGUGGUCCUGCGGCUGCGUGCACUACAUUCCCACGACUUAAUAUGCAUUUUUCAACAUGUGUCUGGGGAACUAGGCCUGAACUAAAACUAACUCUAAAUCAGUACCAAAGCAGGACUAAGAUCUAACCAAGAGGCAAAACCAAAGACCAAUGUCAAAUGUUGUUCAGGUUGAUUUAAAUCGCGACUGAAAUUUUAAAACUUGUUGCAGAGCAAGUUUUUUGAAAUUUCCUUUUGCAUAAUGUGCCUGUUUGAUCUUUUACACCUGUUUGACAUGCUGGUGUAUAAUCACCCUCCUCAGUGUGUUCAGCUGCUGCAGCUAUAGAUCGAGUAAGACCCCCCUCACUUCCAUAAAACGUUGUCUUUAUUUGCAGUAUUUCAAUCUCAGACCCAAAAACAUGAACUAAACCAGUGGACCACAGUGAGAUGUGGACCACAGAAUGAUGAGUCUGACAGCAGUUACAGAAAGAGGGGUUAUGAUUUUUCAAUAUAAAGUGAAUUGGAGCCCAUGCUCACUUCCUAUUUGGAAUUUGGCGGCUAGCAGGUUAGCCAUGUUUUUUAUAUUUACAGUCUAUAAAGAUAUAAAGAUAUAAACAGUCUGUUCUAUGUUUUGUACAAUCUAUGAUUCUAGUCUAAUCAAACACAUGAGAGAAGUCCUGAGGGGUUCCAGUGUGAAACUUUAUUGCACAAACAAUUUUCACAAAAAUAAAGAGAGAGAUCUAGGACUGAACCUGGUCAAUGGCAGGUCAACCCACAAUCAGGACCAGGAUUAGACCAGGACUAAACCAGGAACCAGAACUAGACCAGGUUAAGUCCAAGACCGAAGCAGGACUUUGACAGUGGCACUUUCAUAGUAAAAUAUGGUUUGUUUUGAAACCUGCCAAAGGAACCAGCUCUUUGGAAAUCGGUGUGACUCAAAAAUAAACAUUUGGCUGAAGCGAACAGAACGCAGUCCUGUCAGAAAACAUUUCACAAACGUAAACAUCAGAUUCUUAGACUAACACAAAACAGACCCAAAACCACAUGCACAGAGCUUAGCACGCUUCAGAUUCACUGCAUAGAAACAUUCACUUUUUAAAAAAACUUUUUGCACUUUUUAUGAAAAUUUGCACAAGUGCUUCUCAAUAUUAAAUACAGAUGCACGUUAUUACGGUCCAAGUACUAAACCACGUCUACACAAGGAUUUAACCAGGACUAACUGAGUUUGCUUCCGUGCACCAUCAUAAGUCCCGGCCUGUAGACUCAGUCCAAACACACACCUGGAUAUAACCUUUGUAUUUUUGCAUAAGUUUAUCGACAUCAGUAGCAUCACCAUUAUUACACAUUUCCCUCAAACACAGUACAUAUACAGAACAUGAUCUGAAAGGACCUAACC